GGAAAGGUACACCAGCAGAGUGGGGCACACUUACUCGACAUCAUUCCGUCCAUGUCAUCUCAAGCUUCAGUCGCUCGGCUUAAAAACCACAGCUUCCUUGCAGAAACACAUACAAGUACAACAUCACCUGCCGUUCUCACCCGUUGACUUUGAGGACACAUCUCUACCGUACAGGUGCCUCGGCCCGAAUCAUCCACAAGGUUCGCCGCGUCGCAUCAGCUACUCAACGCCUUGACUGGACACCGAAAGCCGCGUCUAGUCUCAUACUAUACACACACACCCACACGUGUUAUUGUGACCUGGUUUUGUGCUUCGAAAACCACCCGACGAUGGCGCCGCUCCGUCGGUAUUUGAGAAUCACAAAGUAUUCCGUGCUCGAGUGUCGCAUCUAUCUCGACAACCCGGCUCUGGCACAGACCUGGCUUCUGAACCCGCGGAACCCCAUCUUGCCCAAAGUUAUUGAGAGCGUCCGUCCACUGGUACUGCCGAAACUGCGCGAGGAGAAGGAGAGGGAACGCACUAGAAAGAAGAGCUCCAAGAAGAAGAGCAUGAAGGAUGUCGUCGUCCAAGAUGAGUUUGAGGUGUCGAUGUUCCUGACCGAGACGAGUACACGCCACUCGCUGCUCACUAAGCACAAGCAGUUCCGCGACAAAACAAGCGGCAAACUGCAGUCUAAUUCUAACAAGCUCACUGGCGAAACGAACGACGCACCCAUCGACCUGGACAUGGAGGCCGAGGCUCCCGGUGCCACGGUGCAAAUUCGGGAAGAGAGCGAGUCCGAAGGCGACUCGGGCGGUCUUUCCCGCAUCCCCGCUGUCGAUGAAACGAGCCGGCCUCGGCGGUCAAAAAGACAGCGCGGGGAAGCUCGCGAAACGGACGCUGAUUCCGAGGUGCAUUCGAAUGAUGACGCCGGUGCGGAGGCCUCGGCAAUUGAGAUAGAAUCCGAGGACGACGUACUCCGGCCGUCCAAGCGUCUCAAGGGGCAGCACCAGACCGGGUCUGACGUGGAGCAAGAUGAUGAUGAUGACAAGAAGAAGAAGAUGGCCAUGGACGUUUCAUACGAAGGUUUUGCUAUCUAUGGCCGUGUGCUCUGCCUCGUCGUCAAGAAGAGGCAAGGUCUGAGAUUAGCAGCUUCGAGCGGAGCCGGGAACGCCAAGCACCCUGCCGGCCAGGCCAGUAUGGAGAACUGGAUCAGCUCUACCCAGAUGCCUAAUCCUGGCGCCGAGGAGGACGCGUCUUGAGGCGCAAGAGAGCGGCCACUAGGACAAGGAAGUUGAGGCUACCCGGGGUGACUCACAUGCACAUGGGGUGUGCCCAAGGGCGACGGGGAGCUGCUGCUCCUUGUCAGCAUCAUCAGACUGAUGGCACGAUGACAGCCCACAUCAGAUCGAUCAGUGACACUUCUGUCAUUUGUUGGGAUGCAUAGCGUAUGCUAGGCUGACAAACAACGACCGGGCAAGGAGCUAUUCCCCGCCUAUUGUUUCGUGUGCCCCAACUAGCCAAGUCUUUCUUAAUAGACGCGCCACGAUCAUAAGACGGCUUCUUAUCACAGAUCGAGAUCCGAAGAGGAGUGCAGCAAGAAUAAGCGGUUGUUUCGUGAGAGCUCCACCGCCUGUCCAUCACGAGAACGAAAAGUGAUUCAGGAAUCAUGGUUCAGACACGUGCUUCCAAGGUUGAAGAUAUGCCAAGGUUGGGGGGUAUACGCUUCGGAAGUUGGAAUGACAUGGUCAACCUGAACUCUAUCUUUGGACUGUCGAUGAGACUGUCUACGCAACCUGGUAGGGAUGCUCCGGUUUCGUGGACGGGGCCUGAUACGCUUGUCGGCCGCCGUACCGUCUACCGGGACUGUCCCGGGCUUCCAGCGCUCUACCGCGGCAUGGCGCCGAAGUGUCGAUCCAAAAAGGGCCAUGGGCAGCGGUUGUUGAAGAUGCAUGGCCAGCACAAUGCUCAACCAGGCUGGUGAAUAACUGAAACCAGCUCAGGGAAACCCAAAAUGGCAGAAGCCAUCUCAGUCCAAAGGCCUGCGGCUAGUUUGGGAGGGGAGAGGGGCGGUUACGACGUUACGCGCAACGUAUGAAUGAAUGACUCGGGUUGUUGGGUAUUUCCGCCAACAAGUCCAAAGCUAGCUUUACCAACCUGCCAAACUAUUGGAAGCAUGAACAUCAGUUGGCGUCUGCGUCAAUUUAGAAUUUGCGCGUUCCUAUCAACCCCUCGUCUUGACCGUCGCACACUCUCCUUGGCGUGGCUCAGCAGCUAAUUAUAUCUGCCUCGUUACGAUUUCGACGACGACAGCGACGACGAUGACGAUAGCGUCCGAACAAACAAAAGACGGCAGCCUCGAUCGAGCGCGUGAUGUCACAAUCGCCACGAUGCCCGGGCUUCGGAGGUUUGUUAUCGACUUUCCGGCCGAGGCUACUGGACCAGGGACAACAGGGACAACCAGGGAUACGGUAGCUUUCGACUACAUGACACAUGCCAUUAGACGUAGGUAGGCUGUCUCGAAAGUAACCUUUGGUGGGUGGGUUUUGUAACGGACGCGUUGCUUUCAGAGGAGAGGCUAACAAGAAC